CCGCCCCAGUGCUGCACGACCCACGACCGGCUGCUGCACCAGGUGGGAGUGGGGUCGCCCUGGUCUUGCCCGGGUUCCGCCACUGGAGACGCCAUGGCCACUCGCAAAAGACCGCCCGGCUACGGAGGCUACCUCAGCGCCUACCACAGGCAUCGAGGCGGCGUCGGCGCGGGUUCGUACGGCGGCACCAGCAGCAGUCGACGGGCGGUGGACCGCCGCUUCCUCUCCGUGUACAUGGCGCUGGUGUUCCUGCUCCUCUUCGGCUGCCUCUUCCUCACGCAGCUGGUGUCCGACGCGCCCAACCGGGUGCUCGACCCCCUGGAGCCCGGCAUCCUGGACAGCCUCUUCCAGUCCGUGGACGACGGCCGCCGCGGAGACUCCGGCCUGUUCCCGGGCAGCCCCGACCGCGAGGGCGACCUGCCCGGCGACGUCAACAUGAGCACGCUCGUCGAGCUGGCCGAGACGCGCGGCGACCGCUGGCAGCGGGUGCGGCGCACCAACGACCGCUUCUACGUCUUCUCCGCGUACCUGGACGCGCGCCGGGUGCGCAUGGUGCGCGUGGUGGCCGCGGCGCGCACGCGGCUCACGGACCGCGUCGUGUGCCGCCUCUUCUGGCGCGUGGUGGGCGGCGAGCACGACGGCGCCUUCCAGUCGGCCACCGUGCUCGCCUCCAACAAGCUCAUCCGCGAGAACUGGAACCUGCGCUACAGCGCCUUCUUCCUGCUCUGCCCGCUGCCCGCGGGCGUGACGGGCGAGGUGCCCCUGUGGGUGGCCAUUCAGCGCCUCAACGACCGCAGCAUGCCGCGCAACCUGAUGGCCGUCCACCGCAAGGACGACGACUUCGACAGCCGCCUGCCGGAGGAGCGCGAGCUCGCCGUCUGCGUCAAGCCCAUCCACUACGAGUACAACAAGGUUUUGCAGUUCGCCGAGUUCAUCGAGCUGAACGUGGCACUGGGCGCGUCGCACUUCGUCUUCUACAACCACACCGUGGGUCCCGACGUGGGAUGCUUGCUGGAGCGCUACGCGAGCGAGAACCUGGCCACCGUUCUUCCCUGGGAGCUGCCCAUCGCGUCGCAGCGCGAGAUCCGCACCGAGGCCCUGUUCGCCGCGCUCAACGACUGCCUGUACCGCGUCAUGUACCGCUUCCGAUGGGUGGCCAUGAUCGACCUGGACGAGUUCAUCGUGCCCUCCGGCAACAUCACCAUACCCACCAUGCUCAAAAGGCUCCAGGACAGGAACAAGAGCGGUCGUGCAGGCGCCUACUCGUUCCGGAACGCCUUCUUCUACCUGCAGUGGCCCGACGACCCAGUGGCCGCCAGCGACAAGCUCCCUCUGGUGACGCUUCGCAAGACCCUGCGGAAGCUGCACCUACACGCUCAUCGGCAGCGCUCCAAGUGCAUCAUGGAGCCCGAGAGCGUCGUGGAAGUGGGCAACCACUUUGUCUGGGAGUUCCUGGCCGGAAAAACGACCGUCAACGUGGCCUCGAGCGUCGCCUUCCUACACCACUACCGCGUGUGCGAGUUUGGCGGCAACGACUGCGUCAACGCCACCUCGGUUCGCGACACCAAGGUCUACUACUGGAAGACGCGGCUCCUGGAGGCCGUCAGCCGGAGGAUGAAGAUGCUCAGGCGACGCGACCUCGCCUGUCCUGGACAGCCGCCGCGGGCGAGACCCGGCAACAAGACCGCGAUGGCGGGAGCUGCACCCGUUGGCGCUCUCACCUCACCGUCGUCGUCAUCGUGACCGCGUGCUCUAAGAUGAGCAACGGGAACGAAGCUUGCGUGACGGUCACCUUGCAGAGGUGCAAUUAUGCACACGUC